AGAGCGAGAGCGAGGGAGAGCAGAGGAGCGGAGAGGGAGGGCGACGAGAGACGCACGCCGAGACACACGGCCACUGGAAUUCCAUUAGGAAAAAAGUGAGCAAGCAAAGGUUAGCGGAAGAUUUUUUAAAAAAUCUUUUCUUCGUCUUGGUGCGAAAGAGGCGACUCCGGUCUCCUGUCCUCGGAGCUCUGACUGGAUUGUUCCUGGCGCUCACUCCCGUCGGUGGAUUUCUUUCCGAUUUGUGUUUAUUCGGACCCCCUCCCUCGCCGCCUCCGUCCAGCUCCGCGCUCUCGGAUCGCCUCGCCCCCCGCCUCCCCAGUUCCCCCCUGGGAAGCGCAGGGGAAUUGGACCCGCGGGGACUCGUGCCUUCCCGGACGAGUGGAGGGGAGGGCUGGCCUCAGAACCGGCUGUGGGCUUAGAAAGCAGCCAGAAACAGCGACGUGUGUUUGGUUUUGGUGGGCAAGGGGGGCGUCGAGGGGCAGCCCUCCGCCCGCCUCCCACCCCACCCCCUCCAGCCAGAGGCGAGAAUCGCAGGACUCAGGAUAUCAUCAGGCGGACAGGCUGGGAUCUCCGCAUUGGAUUCGGGGCUGAUUACCGCUGCUUGGCUAUUAUUAUUUUUUAAAAUUUUAUUUCAUUUUUUUAACCUAAGGGAGAAAGACAAAAUAACUGUGGGAUUUAUUUAACAUGAUCUUGGCAAACGCCUUCUGCCUCCUCUUCUUUUUAGACGAGACCCUCCGCUCUUUGGCCAGCCCUUCCUCCCUGCAGGGCCCUGAGCUCCACGGCUGGCGCCCCCCAGUGGACUGUGUCCGGGCCAAUGAGCUGUGCGCUGCCGAGUCCAACUGCAGCUCCCGGUACCGAACGCUGCGGCAGUGCCUGGCUGGCCGGGACCGCAACACCAUGCUGGCCAACAAGGAGUGUCAGGCGGCCCUGGAAGUCCUGCAGGAGAGCCCGCUCUACGACUGCCGCUGCAAGCGGGGCAUGAAGAAGGAGCUCCAGUGCCUGCAGAUCUACUGGAGCAUCCACCUGGGGCUGACAGAGGGUGAGGAGUUCUACGAAGCCUCGCCCUAUGAGCCCGUGACCUCACGCCUCUCGGACAUCUUCAGGCUUGCUUCAAUCUUCUCAGGGACAGGGGCAGACCCGUCUGUCAGUGCCAAGAGCAACCAUUGCCUGGACGCUGCCAAGGCCUGCAACCUGAAUGACAAUUGCAAGAAGCUGCGCUCCUCCUACAUCUCCAUCUGCAACCGUGAGAUCUCGUCCACUGAGCGCUGCAACCGCCGCAAGUGCCACAAGGCCCUGCGCCAGUUCUUUGACCGUGUGCCCAGCGAGUACACCUACCGCAUGCUCUUCUGCUCCUGCCAAGACCAGGCAUGUGCUGAGCGCCGCCGGCAGACGAUCCUGCCCAGCUGUUCCUAUGAGGACAAGGAGAAGCCCAACUGCCUGGAGCUCCGAACCCUGUGCCGGACAGAUCACUUAUGCCGGUCCCGGCUGGCGGACUUCCACACCAACUGUCGAGCCUCCUACCGCACACUCACCACCUGCCCUGCCGACAAUUACCAGGCAUGCCUGGGCUCCUACGCAGGCAUGAUCGGGUUUGAUAUGACCCCCAACUAUGUGGACUCCAGCCCCACCAGCAUUGUGGUGUCACCCUGGUGCAGUUGUCGUGGCAGUGGGAACAUGGAGGAGGAGUGUGAGAAGUUCCUGAGGGACUUCACCGAGAACCCGUGCCUCCGAAAUGCCAUCCAGGCCUUUGGCAAUGGCACAGAUGUGAACGUGUCCCCCAAGAGCCCCUCAUUCCAGGCCACCCAGCCCCCUCGGGUGGAGAAGACUCCUUCUUUGCCAGAUGACCUGAGUGACAGCACCAGCCUGGGGACCAGUGUCAUCACCACUUGCACAUCUGUCCAGGAGCAGGGCCUGAAGACCAACAACUCCAAAGAGUUAAGCAUGUGCUUCACAGAGCUCACGACAAACAUCAUCCCAGGGAGCAAAAAGGUGAUCAAACCGAACUCAGGCCUCAACAGAGCUCGACCAACGGCUGCCUUCACUGUGCUCCCUGUCCUGAUGCUGAGACUGGCCUUGUAGGUGCUGGAGACUGCACCGAGAGAUUUCUACAAGUUUCAGAACUCCCGCCUGAGAAAAUGGAAACACACACACACACACACACACACACACACACACACCUUGCAAAAAAAUUUUUUUUCCCACCUUGUCUCUGAACCUGUUUUCUCCCAGGUUUCUGUUCUAGAGAAGCUUUUCUAAACAAACAGACAAGCAGGCGGGCAGCCUGAGAGCCAGCCCAGGGGUCUCCUGGGAGGGGACGUCUAGUGCCGAGGAGGGCACAGGCUCUACCAAUGCCCUUUGCUGUCUCCAGCGUUUUUAUCUCUGAACCCUUCUGAAGCAAGAGACCAAGGCGAGACCCCUGGUAUGGAAGGGAUCGUGCUGUGACCAGUGCAGGCUGGGUCAGGACACCUGCAGCUGCCCUCUCCAGCUGCUCACUUUGAGGACCUGCCAGGGUCUGGACGUGGGCAUCAGUCAGCGGAGAAGCAAGGCCAGCCAUGUGGGCCGGCUGGGCCUGCUUGCCCGUCCUCUUGGCUUCAGAGAUGGAGAUGAUUUGCUUCCCUCCUGCCCUCCAGUGGCUGGGUGGGGCUGCGUGUGGAGUGGGAACCCCUUGGCUGUGCUCAGUCCCCUGACUGUAGAGUGUGGGGGGACCUAGGGGCAAGCUCUGGGCUGCAUUUUCCUUCUUCAUGGUAGGAAUGUUAAAGUCAGAUAUGAUGCUACUGGCUUUCUUGGUUUCUUUGGGUCCAUUUUGUGGGGCUCCCUUUAGGAGAAGGGCCACAGAGGGGCGCAGAAGAGACCGCAGUGGGACGAGUCACAGUGCCGCCUGGUCUCUCGAGCUCAGUCCUGUCCCCUCCUUGCUUCGACUUUCUCAUUCCAAGACACGUGUCCGCUGUCUGUACAUAACGAGGCUCCUUCCUCCGCAUAGGUGUAUAUACACGCCCGUAUACAUAGACCCUGUGGUCUCCUUUUCUUUCCUUUUUCUAAGAAACGAAACUAUCGAAAUAAUACCCCACAGAUGAGCGAAAAUGUAUUAUUGUAAAGUUUAUUUUUUUUAAUAAUGUUGUCUAUAAUGGAAAAAAAAAAAAAAAAAGGAAAUGGACUCCUGGGGCCCCGCUCCAGGCGGGCUGAGGGGGCUGUGGCGGGGGAUCCUGAUCCGCAUUCACUUAACCGAGGCUCCAAUAAAUGUAC